CCGGCCCGGCGACUGAACGGCAAGUCGUUUCUUCUUCCUGCAGCUUUGACUCGCCGGUUCACCUGAGCCCCCCCGCCAUUUCUCCAUCGUUUCUUCUCCAAAAUGCUCUAUUCCAAUCCAGCUCAAAACUAAUUCCGCCUUUUCAAGUUUGAUUUUUAAACUACCCCUCAUUUCGCUUCUUCGUCGGUAGUCGUCUCCAUCCGUCAACAGGUAACCGAGCAAAACGGGAUUUGAUUGUUUGCUGUGCGAUUCAGCAGCUAAUUCAAGCUUCGAUCCCGUCCUAACUUCGUAUUAAUGUCAAUACUAUGCGGGAUCCCACUGCUCGAGUGCGUCUACUGCCUAGCCUGCGCCCGAUGGGCAUGGAAGCGCUGUCUCCACACAGCCGGGCACGACAGCGAGACGUGGGGGGUCGCCACCGCCGACGAAUUCGAGCCCGUCCCGCGCCUCUGCCGCUACAUCCUAGCAGUCUACGAGGACGAUCUGAGGAACCCUCAGUGGGAGCCGCCAGGUGGGUACGGGAUAAACCCAGACUGGGUCAAGCUGAAGAGGACUUACAAUGACACUCAGGGCAGGGCGCCUCCUUACUUGCUCUACCUCGAUCACGACCACUCCGACAUAGUUCUCGCCGUCCGCGGCUUGAAUCUGGCGAAGGAGUGUGAUUACAAGUUGCUGUUGGAUAACAAACUGGGGAAGAGGAAGAUUGAUGGUGGGUAUGUUCACAAUGGGCUGCUGAAAGCUGCUGGUUGGGUUCUUGAUUCGGAGUGUGGGGUUUUGAAGGAGUUGGUGGAGAAGUAUCCGAGUUAUAGCCUCACUUUCUCCGGGCAUUCGCUUGGUUCCGGUGUGGCUGCGAUGCUGGCGUUGGUGGUGGUUCUGAAUAGUGGGAAGUUGGGGAAUGUGGAGAGGAAGAGGGUCAGGUGCUUUGCUAUUGCUCCUGCUAGAUGUAUGUCGUUGAACUUGGCUGUUAGAUAUGCUGAUGUGAUCAACUCUGUUGUUCUUCAGGAUGAUUUCUUGCCCCGGACGGCGACACCGUUGGAAGACAUCUUCACUUCACUUUUCUGCUUGCCAUGCCUGCUAUGUCUAAGGUGCAUGAGGGAUACCUGUAUAUCAGAAGAUCAGAUGAUCAAAGAUCCAAGGAGGCUUUACGCACCUGGUCGCCUCUAUCACAUUGUCGAAAGGAAGCCUUUCAGAAUGGGGAGGUUCCCACCGGUUGUCAGGACGGCAGUGCCGGUGGAUGGGAGGUUCGAGCACAUAGUUCUUUCCUGUAACGCGACUUCAGAUCACGCCAUCAUAUGGAUUGAAAAGGAAGCCACGAGAGCUCUGAGUCUUAUGUUGGAGAAUGAUGGAAUCAUGGAGAUCCCAGAAAAGCAGAAGAUGGAACGACAAGAGACAUUAGCUCGGGAGCAUAGUGAAGAGCACAAGGCUGCAUUGCAGAGGGCUGUGACACUAGCCGUGCCCCAUGCCCGUUUCCCAUCUCAGUAUGGCACGUUUGAUGAGCAUGUUGAUGAAGGGGAAGAAGAAGAAGAUGAUGAUGAAGACUCCCAUAGAUCAAGUUCAAGUGGACAAUCUUCUGGUGAUAAAAGCCCAGCCAUCAGGUGGAAUGAAUUGAUCGAACGUCUCUGUGAAAAGGAUGGAUCAUCUAGGCAGGCUGUGCUCAAGAGAUCACGUACAACUGUUUGAUGAACUGAGAAUCAUAUGAAAGGAGAACCAAAACACAGAUUCACGCGUAUAGCUUGCAACCAAGUCACAUUUACCCCCUUUGGUUGGGGGAAGAGUUAGGAUUUCUUCAUUCAAAUUUGUAAUUAUUUUCUUGUGAUAUAUGUAUUGAGUUUGGCUGUAAAUUGGUUUUGUGAACUUCUGUAUUUGAGCAAGGCUUUACUUUGUAGGCUGAGAGAGGUCUGUAUUCUAGCUAGGACUACAAGUCUACAAGCUUGACAUUGACGGUCCAUAAAAGGUCAUAUUGUUAGAGGAAAUUGAUACGCUAGCUUGUAAUAGUAUGGAUGGUUUAUUAGCAUAUUAAUAAGAAGAUUGGUUUCCUACUGUUGAACAAAUUAUGAGGAAGGAAUAAAGUUUUGGUUACCAAAGAUUUUUCUUACAAGCUCACCUAAGGAUUUAAUCCAUACAUAUUUUGCUGUCAAGAGCUCCAAAUCGAAACGGAGAAAGUGAAUCAAGAAUUCCACCAUCAUCGAUAUUUUUCUUAUGACAUGGGAAUUUGGUGCAAAUUUUGCAAAACAAGUUAUGGUAAAGCGAGAAAACUAUUCUUAUCCAUCAUUACCAAUCAUGAUUCAUGACCAUCUAGAAAAGGGCAAACAUUGCAAGAUUUGAUUAUUGUUACGAAAUCAAACUAGUAAUGGUAGCCCUUCUAAAAAGUGAUUGGUUUGGAUUGCUUUGGUGGAUAAGAAUGGCCUUCGCUCUGUCAUAAUCCUCAUUGGUAAUUCGUUUGAUGAUUCACUUUCUACUCCGCAUCCAAGAGCUUUUCAAAACAAAAUUUGCAUAGAUAAAUCUUGAUUGGUUGCACUUCGUCAGUGUGUUCUCAAGCCUUUUUUUUAUAAUAUGAUAAAUAAGGGGAUACAAUUGUGAACAAUACAAUUUAUUGGUACCAUAACCAGUUUGAGGAAAUAUGAGAGGGUAAAGGACUGGAAAUCAAGAUAGGAAGAGGGGAAAGAAUAAAGGGGAAGAAGAAAAGGGUUUCAACGGGAAGUAGGAGUGUCAUCUGGGUGGUUAAUCCGUGGUCUGAUAUCAAUCCACCGCAAAUAACUCAAAUCGUAAUGGGUGUGUGAUUGUUUUGAGUGGAUCUCGAUUAAUAAAAUCUCCUACCCGCAUUUAUUCGGGUGGGUGGUGUGGAUUGUGGGUCACCCGAAGUGAUUUACACCAUAUUUCAUAUGACAAAAAGUUGUUUCUUGUUUAUACUAUCAAAUAGUCAUCAUAUUUCCUAAUCACACUAUAUAUUGAUCAUCGAUUUCUAAAGGUGGAGAAUAAAGAAUAUUUUUGGAC